AUGUCAACAACGGCGAAAGAUGCUGCGCAGGCGAACCCACACAUGGAAUUAGAUCCUAAAUACGACGACUACGACUUUCCCACGACUUCCCCCGAAACCCAACCCGGACAUCCUGGCCACACAACCAAGGAACAAGAUGCUCAGGUAUUCCAGCUGAGGUUAAUGUUGGAACAAGAAGGAUAUACCCAGAGGCUGGACACCUUGACAUUGUUGCGGUUCCUACGGGCGCGCAAAUUCAACGUCGAACUGAGCAAACAAAUGUUUAUCAAAAAUGAGGCAUGGCGAAUGGAAUUUGGCACUGAUGAACUGGUCCGCACGUUUGACUACACGGAACGGCCUCAGAUGUUUCAGUACUACCCUCAAUAUUAUCACAAAACAGACAAGGAUGGCCGACCUGUGUACAUUGAACAGUACGGCAAAAUCGACUUAAAUGCCAUGUACAAGAUCUCCACCGCAGAACGCAUGGUUCAGAAUCUCGUGGUUGAGUACGAAAAGGUCGCCGACCCUCGACUGCCUGCCUGCUCUCGCAAGGCCGGUAAACUCCUCGAGACAUGCUGCACCAUUAUGGACAUGAAGGGGGUGGGCGUUGCCAAGAUCCCUUCUGUAUACGGCUACCUCAGAUCGGUCAGCGCCAUUUCCCAAGACUACUACCCUGAGCGCUUGGGUAAGCUGUACAUUAUCAACGCUCCAUGGGGCUUUAGCAGUAUCUUCAGCUUCAUAAAAACCUUCCUCGACCCAAUCACUGUCGCCAAGAUCCACGUCCUUGGUUCAGGUUACCAAACCGAACUUCUGGAGCAGGUUCCAGCAGAGAAUCUUCCAAAAGAAUUCGGCGGGACCUGCGAGUGCGAAGGCGGAUGUCAAUUUAGUGAUGAAGGCCCAUGGAAAGAUCCUCAAUGGGCUAAGCCACCCAAAUGGGCCCAGCAGGAUCCCACCACGGGCAAGGAUUCUGCAAGGACUGUCCAGCCCGCUCCCUCGGACGGUGCUCAGGAUCCCCUCACCAAAGACGACCCUGCUCCAGCUUCAGCCCCUACCGAGGCCGAGAACGUCCCUUCAGAGGGACCCAAGAUGCCCGUAUCAUAG